UUUGAAGAAAAUUGUACUCAUUGGCAGUUUAAAUUUGGGUUGUUUCCAACUGUAUUAAGUGUCACUUGUUCACAAUGAUCGGUGCCAGACAGUCAAGACUAGAAGCAAGAAAGAAGAACUUCAAAAAGUCCGUGGACGUUGAAGAGUCUAGGAAAAAACGAGAAGAUCAUACGGUGGAAAUAAGAAAGUCGAAAAGAGAAGAAAACCUUAUGAAGAAGAGGAGGGAGAAGGGUCAGCAAACCGUGGUGGGAUCGGGGGAAGCUGCUACCCAAGCUUUGGACGCAGCUGUCUUGGCUAGAAUUCCGAAAUUAGUACAAGAUAUUUGGAGCGCUGACACUGCUACUCAGUUAGAGUGUACAAAGGAGUUUCGUCAACUGUUAUCUAUUGAAAAAAAUCCACCUAUAAGCGAAGUGAUUAGCACUAGUGUGGUUCCAAGAUUUGUGGAAUUUUUAAAUAGAGAAGAUUCACCCCAGUUGCAGUUUGAAGCUGCUUGGGUGCUAACAAAUAUUGCGUCUGGCACUUGUGAACACACCACAACUGUGGUUGAAGCUGGCGCCGUUCCUAUUUUUGUGAAACUGAUGACGUCUCCACACGAAGACGUUAGAGAGCAAGCGAUUUGGGCUUUGGGAAACAUCGCUGGAGAUUCUCCAGAGUAUAGAAACCUUGUCUUGCAACAAGGUGCGAUGGCACCUCUUCUUGAGCAGCUUUCACAUACCUCGAAGUUUUCAAUGUUGAGAAAUGCUACGUGGACACUGUCUAAUCUUUGUAGAGGAAAGCCUCAGCCACCGUUUGACUUGGUUAGACCAGCACUGAAGACUCUUGCACAUUUGGUUUACUCUAACGAUGAAGAAGUUUUAACUGAUGCUUGUUGGGCUCUAUCUUAUCUUUCUGAUGGUUCAAACGAUAAAAUACAAGCAGUUAUUGAGUCAGGAGUAACAAGACGACUAGUGGAGUUAUUGAUGCAUCAGAGUGUGUCUGUUCAAACUCCUGCUCUGCGUACGAUAGGAAAUAUCGUAACUGGCGAUGACACUCAAACUCAGAUAGUUAUUAACUGUUCAGCAUUACCAUGUCUCGCCACAUUACUCAACUCUCCGAAGAAGAGCAUUCGGAAAGAAGCUUGUUGGACAAUAAGUAACAUAACAGCUGGAACUAAAGAACAGAUUCAAGCGGUAAUUGAUGCCAAUAUUAUUCCACCGCUUAUCAACCUGUUGAAGAAUGCGGAAUUUGACGUCAAGAAAGAAGCAGCAUGGGCCAUAUCGAAUGCUACUUCUGGUGGCACUAUAGAACAAAUGCAGUAUUUAGUCAGCCAGGGUUGCAUCCCACCAUUGUGUAAUUUGCUUACUGUGCAGGACUUUCGAAUCAUCAUCGUUGCUUUAGAAGGUUUGGAAAACAUUCUUCGUGUGGGUGAAAGAUUAGCAGUUGGUGGGCUUAACCAGUAUGCACUGUUUGUUGAGGAAGCAGAAGGAGUUGACAAGAUUGAAUCAUUGCAAACGCAUAUAAAUGAAGAGAUUUAUUCUAAAGCUUUGAAAAUUUUGGAGACUUAUUUCAACGGUGCUUCAGAACCAGUGGAGGGAGUAACACCAGUUUCUACAGAAGGGCAGUUUGGUUUUGGCUUGAAUAGUCAUGUUCCGUCACAAGGAGGUUUCAAUUUUGGUGAUAUGCAAGAAUGAGUUCUCUUAAAUUAGACUGAGGAUGAUUGGUCGAGAAUUUUGUGCCUUAAUUUUACUGAUACCCUAUACAAACUCUGAUAUUUUAUAAGAUAUUUCAUGACAUUCGAAUAUUAUAUUGCAUAAACACAGGAAUUACUGC